GCGGGGCCAGCGCCGCUGCCGGGUGCUGAAGGCGCCAUUGGAGCCGGCUUGGCUUGCGAGCUCCGCUGAGGAGCCGGAGGUUGGCCUGCAGUUGCCUCCGCGUCCGCUCCUGGUCCCUGGCCCCUCGGCGGCAUGGCGUGCGGGGCGACGUUGAAGCGGCCCAUGGAGUUCGAGGCGGCGCUGCUGAGCCCUGGUUCCCCGAAGCGGAGGCGCUGCGCCCCUCUGCCCGGCCCCACUCCGGGCCUCAGGCCCCCGGACGCCGAGCCGCCGCCGCUGCUCCAGACGCAGACCCCACCGCCGACUUUGCAGCAGCCCGCCCCGCCCGGGAGCGAGCGGCGCCUUCCAACACCGGAACAAAUUUUUCAGAACAUAAAACAAGAAUAUAGUCGUUAUCAGAGGUGGAGACAAUUAGAAGUUGUUCUUAAUCAGAGUGAAGCUUGUACUUCGGAAAGUCAGCCUCAUUCUACAGCACUCACAGCACCUAGUUCUCCAGGUACCUCCUGGAUGAAGAAGGACCAGCCCACUUUUACCCUCCGACAAGUUGGAAUAAUAUGUGAGCGUCUCUUAAAAGACUACGAAGAUAAAAUUCGGGAGGAGUAUGAGCAAAUCCUCAAUACCAAACUAGCAGAACAAUAUGAAUCUUUUGUGAAAUUCACACAUGAUCAGAUUAUGCGACGAUAUGGGACAAGGCCAACAAGCUAUGUGUCCUGAAGCUUUCUUGCAUAUCUGGGUACCAGGUUUGACCUCAAGAGAUGGCUGCUGUACACUUUUUGCAACUGGUUUGGUAUCACAUUUCAGCUCCAACUUUGCAUCCUGAGAACACUUAAACGUUUCUGCAGGUCCAUUUUAUACAACUUGAAAGACCUUAAAACUUUCUGGUUGCCACAAGCAUAUCUUUCUUUUCUGCUCAUCCAAUAAACAGCUGUGCCCUACUGUGAUAGAUUUUCCAAACAAAAAUACCUGGAGCAGCAGUUUAGCAAAAUAUGCCCUCACUGGCACUCAGCAAAUGGAGAUUCCCCAAGCACAGUUCUGUAAGAAGUGUGUGUGUGAGUGUGUGUGUGAGUGUGUGUGUGUGUGUGUGUGUAUUUUAAGUUAUUAUUUGUAUUGUGCAAAUUUUUUUGAUCUUGGGGAUUCUGGCUGUGAAUUUGAUGCACGACAAUUAUGGUUAAAAACAUUUGCUUGGUCUACAGAAGAUCAUUAAUGUUUUGUGACCAUAUAAGUUGUAAUGGUGGAUUGUUUUAUGUGUAGGUAUUAUUGUUAAAUACAGGGACUGUUUCCAGGCACAGAAUAUGAAUCAUAAGUUAGGAUGGACAUUAGAUGUGAUUAUGAUGACAUAGCAAAGGUCUGUGGUCCUAGGUCUACAAAUGCGUGGUGAGGAAUUAGGACAAACUGGAGACGGGCCGUUUGACAUGUGGACUCUGCCCAGCCGUGUUGAAAAAUAUUGACUCCAAGCCUUAAAAUACCCACAUGGAGUCUGUGCUCACCUCAUUCACACAGACAGCUCCCUGGACACUGAACCUCUAAAAAGAAAAAGUCUCCCCUGGAGCAGGAGCAUCAGGGUUUUCUUGGGAGCACGACACAGGUGAGCACGGGGCUGGGCCAGCCCCUGGUGGCACUGCUACUUGGGAGGAGCCGCUUUGCCUUUGAAUCGGUUAUUACAAACAGAAUUAGGAUCCUUUGGUCAGGUUCCCCCAAAUUCUUUUUAGGAGGUGACCACGUUCAACUGCUUGAGCUUUGUUUUGGCAACCCCCUGCCCAAAGUUGCUUACAGACUGUUCUUCACCUUGUUCCGAGACCGAGGAACAGAAAGUAGCCUCUGUUUUGAGGAGGUGGAAGUUAAGUAUACAUUUAUUUUUUACUGUGACUUGUUCAGGACCACAUUUUACAAAAUGCCUUGUUUCCUUUAUCAUUGUUUCUGGAAAGGAGAGUUCUAUUAAAAUUGUUUUAGUUUGAAUAUAGAAUAGUUUUAUUAAUUAGGGCUUAUUUUGAAAAAUUCUGAGUUUAAUUCAAAUGUACGCCAGUACCUUCCAAAGUAAGGUAAUAUUCAGAGACAGUCGUUCUGAUCAGAUGGCUUAGAGAAAUUCUGGAAUAUUCAUAUUCGAAGAUUCCUUAUUAAUGAAUGUCUUUGACUUAAAUCUAACCAAAAACUGCAACAUUAUUCUUUGUACAUUUUCAUUAUAUAGUGUUAACAAGCUUAGUUGCAAACAAAUAAAAUACUUAAGCUAUU